GUCUCUGCCAUCGAGCAAUCCAUCAUUUUUCUCCCACUGUCCUGUCAAAAUAAAUUUGCGCAUGUAUGAGCGCAUGCAUGAUUAAACAUUCAUGAUGUUCUCGAAACCUUCUACGGCGCAUGCGUAUUACAACAUCCGGAACAUAUUCGAUCCAAUGCAUCAUUGCGCUAUACAGGCUGCAGUGAGGACCUCUUGGAUAAAUCUGGAAGAUUCCACCUUUCAUAAAUUACCAUUUACUAUAUAGUAAUGAGGAGACCUCGAAUAAUCACUUGGUAUCCAGAAAUAACGAGAAAGAAUCUCAAAAGUGUGACACUGCAUUGUGGGCAAUGCUGCCUUCAAGGCCUGUUGCUGCGUAUGUGUUGCCUUGUAAAUCGCAAUCUGCAAGUUGAAAUAAUUGGUUCGACGUGCGAAAUGGAAAAAAAUGGAAAUCCUCCACAAAAGCGUAUCUUUAAUUUGCUCUGUCAGAGCACGUAAAGCUCAUAGAAAGCUACUUCGCCUGUGCUUUUACAGUUACAGGCCUAAGUGUAUAUACAUUGUUAUGUAUAAUAUUGUUGUUUUUCUACUUUAGUGAACUUCAAACAAUCAUGCAAUAUUCUGGACGGAAAUUGCAGCACAGCAACAGCAGCACACAACAGCAUGUACCUUAGCAACAAGCUAGCCAGUAGCCAAUAGCGAGUUAGCAACAAGCUAACUAAAGCCAGGCGGCUAACAUUAGUGAUAACUGUAAUGUUAGUGAUAACUGUAAUAACCUUUUCAAAACAGAUUAGUAUGGUCACUGUUAUAGAUUUAACCAAGUACUGUGUGUAUAUUAACCGACCUAAAGCCAAUACUGCUAUAAACUAAUUUAAAAGUAGAGACACGGUACUUUACACUGGUCACUGACAUCACUCUGUAAAUGGGGAAGUUUCACGUUUAUUUAAACAGGUGGUGUUGUGGCUUUGAGAUGAAAUAUUCCUGUACAUGCCUGAGUAUAGACUGCACAAAAACAACCAAAACAAAACAACUGGACCUAUUCUCAAAGCAAUUCCUAAAAAAGGCUUCAAAUAUCAUUCAUUACAGGAAAACAGCCUGCAAGUGCCAUGUCUUUUUGACACACACUUCAAAUCACUAGUGCAGUAGCUAAAGUUCCAGUCAGGGAACCUGGAGGAAAUGCACACAAACGUGGAGAGAACAUGCAAAACAGUGCACAGACAGUAAAACAAACUCAAGAUUGAAAUGGGGACUCUGGAGCUUUGAGGCAGCACCACUAUCUGCUGCACCACCACACUGCCUGAUUCUCCAUUUCUAAGGGAAUAUAACCUUUAAAGGAUUUCCCCAGAGGGACAAACUAAAAAAAAAAACCUACGAGCGUAUUUAUAGGCAAACGGAUUACAUUUUCCAGUGUGUUUGUAAUGAAUGUCUUUACAAGGUUAUUUUGUACCAGUGCAUUUCAACCACCAAAGGCAAUUGUAAUGACAGAAAUAUUAAUACAGUGUACAUGUAAAUCAGAGUUGAUUUUAAGAAGUCCUUAUUCUUCCUAAAAUAAUCUUUACCUUUUUGGCCUAUAAUGUGUAUUUAUUUGCCUACUAAAUAAACUAAAUAAGCACAUUCUCUCGUCUGGGGAAACUGCUGAGAAAAAAAAAAGUACGCUUUGAUGCGUUUUUCCUUUCAGUUGAAGUGAAUUCACCGCAAAGUCCUGUUUGUGAGAACAGACUACGAGAGUACAAAGCUGUUUGAAAUCAGGAAGUGAACUCAGAUGCACACAGAGGAAAUUCAUGCAAGCUGAAUUGCUUUUCUGCUGUACUUCAUGUCUGACAUUGAAAUGACUUGCUGCUUCUGCUUAUGAGAGAGAGUAUGGGAAAAGAAGUUGAACGUACCAAUGGGUUGCGGGGAUAAAUUUGGAUGUUUUAGACAGACUCACCUGAAUGAACAUGCAUAAUUCAACUAAGGUGGCACAUUCAAGUGCAAUUCGGGCUGAAGUAAAGCGCCAUGAAAGCCUACAGAACACCCUCAACAAAGUGUUGAAACAGCUGGAGAGGGUCGAGGACCAGCAGCUCAGGACUGGCCUGAAGGUUUACAUCCACAGCGUGCAAGCUUCCUGUGCUAACAGUCAGGAAUGGACCUUAAAUCGUUCUAUACCAGAGCUGAGACUGGGUGUGCUGGGUAGCAUGCGGAGUGGAAAGUCUGCCCUGGUAAACAGGUUUAUCACAGGAAGUUAUCUUCCCCUUGAGUCACAUGAAGGUGGGAGAUAUAAGAAAGAGGUGUUGGUUGAUGGUCAGAGUAACUUGUUACUGAUUCGAGAGGAAUCCAGCCUUCCCACUGCACAGUUCAGCAACUGGGUAGAUGCAGUUAUCAUGGUGUUUAGCCUGGAAAACGAGGCCAGCUUCCAAGAUGUGUAUAAGAACUUCAGUGAACUGGGAGCUCACCGCAACACUGCAGACAUCCCGCUCAUAGUAGUGGGCACACAAGAUAAGAUUAGCAGCACUAAUGUUCGUGUUAUUGAGGAUAAGCGGGUACAACAGCUUUGUGCAGAUGUGCGACGCUGUACCUAUUAUGAGACCUGUGCCACCUAUGGACUGAACGUGGACCGAGUCUUCACUGAAGUGUGCCAGAAGAUAGUAGCAGGUAAGAAGCAAGCCAGCCAUCUAGCAUCCUGCAAGUCCCUACCCAACUCCCCCAGCCACUCUGGAGCCUCCACGCCUGUGUCUGCUCCAUUAUUAGGACAGGCCAGUAAUGGGGGUCAGAGUAGUGAUUAUUCCUCCUCUUUGCCCUCCACCCCUGUGAUAAGUCACAGAGAAAUACGGGGAGUGGCAGGAGGAGAGGGAGGCUCUCAGCGAAAUGUACCACGCCGCCGGACCUCCUUGUUCACGAACCGUCGUGGGAGCGAUAGUGAGAGGAAAACUACGGACAGCAGAGCUGAUGCAGGAGGCAGCAAACCAGUUAUUAUCAGACAGGGCACAUUAUGGAAACGCAGUGAACGCUCUCUGAACAAGGAGUGGAAGAAGAAGCUUGUCACACUCACCAACAACGGCAUUCUCACGUACCAUUCAAACAUCAAUGAAUAUAGGCAGAACACCCAUGGUAAGGAAAUGGAACUCCUGCGUGUAACUGUGAAAGUACCAGGAAAGCGUCUACACAGGGCAGCACCCCCAGCUGGCCCUGCUCCUGCCUCUACCCCUGCCCCUGGCGUCAAUGGCCUUUCAAAAGACAAGCCAGCAUCUGAAGGGGGAACCUCAUCAAAUCUUCUGACUGUUGAUGAGGCAGGUGGCUCUGUAAUGUCAUCUCACGAUGACCAAAAAAUCAAACGCUGUCCUUCAUCCGUGUCCAAUAAGGCAGUAAGCAUGGCAGAAUCAAACAUUGAAGGGGUUAUAAGCCCUUCUCUGGGAAAAGACCUCCCUCCAUCGUCCCCCAUGAGCGACAGGAAGAAGACCAAAAGGAAGAAAAGUAUGAACGUCAAAGGAGAUGCUGCAGCUAGCCAGGCUGAUGCCAAGCGCAAAAUGUGGAAAUUGAAAAGCUUUGGUAGCUUGAGAAACAUUAACAGAACAGAGGAGGAGAACGCAGACUUUAUCAUCAUAUCAAGCACAGGACAGAGCUGGCACUUUGACACCCAGAAUCAGGAGGACAGGGAUGCCUGGGUGCAAGCCAUUGAGAGCCAAAUCCUUGCUUCUCUGCAACUGUGUGAAAGUAGAAAUAAGCCUCGGAGAAGCAGCCAGAGUGAAGCUGUGGCACUACAAGCCAUUCGCAAUGCCAAAGGAAACGAUCUGUGUGUGGAUUGUGAUGCACCAUAUCCCACCUGGGCAAGUCUAAAUUUGGGAGCACUGAUUUGUAUUGAGUGCUCAGGAAUUCACAGGAAUCUCGGGACACACUUGUCCCGAGUCCGUUCCUUGGACCUGGACGACUGGCCUAGUGAGCUCACCAAGGUGCUUAUGGCAAUAGGCAAUCACAUGGCCAACAGUACUUGGGAAAAAUGUACACAAGGGCGCCAAAAGCCAACGCGUGAGGCGACAAGAGAGCAGAGGGAGUCUUGGAUCCGGGCUAAAUAUGAGCAGAAGGUGUUUGUGGCACCCUUGCCAACUCAGGACGAGAGCCCAGGUGAGGUGACAUCAUCACAGCUCCUCAGUGCCGUCACCAGCAAAGAUCUUCCCAGGCUCCUGCUGCUCUUGGCCCACAGCACCAAGGAGCAGCUCAAUGUUCCACUGCAGUCUCAGAGCCCCUUACAUGCAGCCUGCCAACUUGGAGAUGUGGUCAUGACUCAGCUCCUAGUCUGGUAUGGUAGUGAUGUGAAAGCAAAGAAUCCUCAAGGCCAAACAGCUUUAAUGCUGGCACAACAAGCUGGAAGCCAAGAGUGUGUGGAUAUUCUUCGCCAACAUGGCUGCCCCAGCGAAACCUCACCCACUGCGCCCACUCCCAUCCUCUCCCGCAAAAGUAGCAUCACAAGUCUUGGACGUAACAAUUCCAGGAGAAGGGUCUCAUAACUUGGAAAGACUUCAUGGACAGACAAAGAUUCUUUCUGGGGAAAAAAACAACAGUUUUUAUUUCAUUUUGUUAAAAAGCUAUGUACGUCUCUCUCUGUGGAUGUUUUGCUCUGUCCUCAUUCAUAUACGUACAUUUAGGUUCCUCAGAGAAGGCAAAAAAAUGUUCUUGUCAAUGUAUGAAAUAAAAUUACCAAGCCAGCUUGAAAUCAAAUACAGAUACUGUUUCAACAAAUCAAAAGCAAUAUAAUACAUGCUAAUUAUAUAUCUAUUAAAGACAAAUGUAGCCUAGAGAGCUUCUCCAAGCAAUCUGAGCAGAUGUAUUCAACAUUACUGUAUGACUCAUAAAACUGUUCCUCAUAAUAAGCAACAUAAAUGAGACCACUGUGUUUGUAUGGGGAAAGAAUAGUAUUUGUCAUUGUGCAACGUUUCUGAAUACUAGAAUUAAUAAACUUAAAUCUUUCAA